AUGACAACAUCAUCCUCUUCCUGCCCAAUCGACCCCGCCGUGGGAAUCCUCUCCAUCGGCGACAUGGGCAUAGGUGUCGCCCGUCUCCUCCGUCAUCAUGACUACACCGUCUACACCGUCGCCAUAGGCAGAAGGCAAGCCCAGCACACGCUCGACCGGAUCAAAUCGUCCCAAAUAAUCACGCUAGACUCAGAUGAGGACUUGGUCGCCGAAGCCGACAUAAUCCUCAGCAUUGUCCCCCCACGAGACGCCAUAGCAACGGCAAGAAGGGCAUUCGAAGCAUGUCGAUCCCAAAAGGCCAUCAAACGCCGCAGCGAGAGGAAAGGCACCGCGGCGCUGAACCAGGCCCCGAGUCUGACCUACAUUGAUUUGAACGCCAUCAGUUCAUAUACCGCCAAAAACAUCGCGACAAUGUUCAGCACGCCAGCAUCACCCAGCUUACCACGCCGACACUCCAUCACCCGCUCAUUCACGUUCCAUCGUAAAGACUCCGAGCCCGAACUGGACCCGAUCUCCAUCAACUUCCUCGACGGUGGCAUCAUCGGCGGCCCACCUUCGCUCCGUCCGGACAAAACUUGGAAACGCCCUUCAAUUGUCAUCUCAGGACCCAAACACGAUGAUCUCCUCUCCUCAUCCCUCCGCGACCUCUUAAACGUGAAAAUCGUCAGCGACAAAAUCGGGCCGGCGUCCGCUCUUAAGUCAUGCUUCGCUGCGCUUUCGAAGGGUUUCACCGCCCUGUCCAUCCUAUCCUUCACCACAGCACAGACAUGUGGUAUCCUGGAUUCACUGACCGAGCAUUUGGAAGAAUUCAACCCUUACGCACUAAUGAGCGCCCGUCGUGGCUUGACGGACAUGCCUCCCAAAGCGUACCGCUGGGUCGAGGAAAUGAGGCAGAUCAACGAGACCUUCGUGGAAGAAGGCGGCUUCAGCCCGGCUGUACUUCACGGCAAUGGUCACCACGCGAACAACAAUAAUCACCUCCACACCGAUGGUACCCACGGCGGUGCAAGCGGCGUCUUCGAAGGCAUCGCGGAGAUUUACAGGUUGAUUGCGGACGAUACAGUGCUCGGGCAGGAGCGAGUGGAGAAGCGCAAGCGGGGCACAGACGUGCAGGACGUCGCGGAGUGUAUUCGUGAAGGCAUUGCGAGGAAGAAACGCAAGGGCACGGCGGAGGAAGAUCUCGAUUUGACCUGGCGGGGGAGUUGGUCUUGA